AUGAAGUCAUCGCUUAUGCUGCUCUCUGGCGCCUCGAUCGCCUUGGCCCUGCCCAAGCUCGACAUCGUAGUCGAGACUGAGCUUGUCUACUACACUGUCACCCAAGAGGUCACGACCGUUCAGACCGUCCCUGUGGAUGCCAACGUCCACGUUAAGAACCCUCCAGUCAAGGUGGUCCCAACCACCUCCACUGUCAUUCCAGUGGUUACGGUCACCGUUGACCCCGCCGAGCUUGCCCCGACUCCGACCUCCACGAGCACCAGUGUCGCGGUUGCUACUCCAUCGGCGGCUACCCAGGCUGCGGCUUCCGCUGCGCCCUCGGAUCUGGCCAGCACUGCUGUCUAUCACCACAACAUCCACCGUACAAACAACUCUGCGCCUGCCAUGACCUGGGGCAGCUCUUAUGCGGGCUAUGCCGCCACUGUCGCCAAGUCCUGCAAGUUUGCGCACGACCUCACCCCCGGUGGUGGCGGUUACGGCCAAAACAUCGCCAUGUACGCAUCUACAGAUGCCUCGUCCUUGACAGAGGAGACAGUCAUGGCCCAGGCCAUCACGGACAUGUGGUACAACGGCGAGCUCAACCUUUACCCUUCAAGUGCCUACGGCCAGGCGAACCCCGACUUCACCAACUUCGAGGCAUGGGGUCACUACUCUCAGAUCGUUUGGGUCGGCUCCCAACAAGUUGGUUGUGCCGCCCAGUACUGUGCCCCUGGCACCAUGAACCCUACCAUGGGUGCUUGGUACAGCGUCUGCAACUACUACCCUGCUGGAAACGUUAACGGCGCGUACGGCAAGAACGUCUUGCCGCCCACAAACCAAGCCACUGUCAACGUCAACGUCGCGGCGUAA